AUGUUCUUAUUGACGACAACUAAUAUUCAGGGAACUGUAGAAAAGGAGGCGGCAGGACGGGGUCGAACAUUUCUCAUUGGUUUACUUGAGCAGGUAUAUCGAUUUGCACUGGGCAGUAUAGCCGGUGCUAUAGGAGCUACUGCAGUGUACCCCAUUGACCUGGUAAAAACACGUAUGCAGAAUCAGCGCACUGGCGCUGUUCUUGGCGAGUUGAUGUACAAGAAUAGCUGGGAUUGCUUUAAGAAGGUCAUAAGGUUUGUUUGGUCCUUUAUUAUCGCAAUUUUUCUCUAA